UGCGCAGCUCAGUCGCCGUUCGACGCCACAGCAGACAGCAGGCAGCAGGCGGUGGCGCAGCUCACCACAGAACAGGAGUUCGCUGUGCCACUUAAGACUGACGUCGCCAUCCCAACGCUCCCGCUUGAAUCGUUGAUACCAAGAUACUACAGGAAACAUGCCAAUCCUAGACAGAUGCUGCUUUUGUGGUUCCCUUAAGUGGGGAACCAUCAUCACAGGGCUACUUGGCAUAAUUCUUGCAAUUGCUACUCUUAUCUUUGUUCUUGUUACAAAUGUGAAGAUGCAGACAAUUGUGAUUGACACAUUGCCACCUCUAAUUGUGAAAAUUAUACUAGCCAUAAAUCUUGUGAUGACAGUUCUCAUCUCAGGACUACUAGUUAUUGGAGCAAUCAGACGCAGCAAGUACAUGAUGUUGCCAUUUGUUGUCCUUGGAAUAAUGCUGGCAAUUGGAUUGUUCAUCUCAAUAAUAUACACAUCUGUUACAAAUUUCAUAAAGGGGAAGGAAUUAUUAGGAAGCAUUUGGUUGGUUGGUGGCCUUAUCAGUGUUGCAAUAUAUGUUUACCUUUGGCUGGUAGUGUUCAGUUACUAUCAACUUGUCCAAGAGGAAGGUGGACGUGGUCCCUACACAAAGUCAACUUAUAGACGAUGAAUGACAUGGAAUUCAAACAGUCAUCAGAACAUUCAUGAAUUUGUUGAAGACUCAUAAAAAUUGUGCAUGUUGUAGUUUUAAGUUCUCUGUUUUUGUUGAUUAAUGUUUAUUUAUUUUUAUUGUGCCUCAACAGUUGUAAGUUUACAUACUUUUAAGUUGUUAUCCCAAGAACAUCAUUUUCAUUAGGUGUCAAUGUCAUGGAAGAAUGUGUGUUUCUAGCCUGCUUAUUUUUGCAUCAGUUAUCAAAGCUUACUUUAAA